AAAAUAAUAAUAAUCAAAUAUGGACCUUGAGCACUGAAGAUUGACCACCGCUGUUCUAUUGUGUCACUCAAAUCACUCAUCUAGCUAUACUGUUUCUCCAUAUGGAUUUUUUAAAGUGUAUAUAACCCUUAUGUAGACAGGAAAACCUAUAUUUUUUUUAAUCCAGCGCCAAUGUAUAUUUUGACUUUUGACUAUAUUGACAUGUAGCCUACAGUACAAUGGACUGACAAUCGUAAUCACUGAUAAUCAUCAUUUAAUUAUAGAUAGAGAGGUGGAUGGAUGGAUAGAUAUCACACAUGCAAAGAGGAGGGGAAGGUGGGGGCGGUGUCACGUGAUGUGCUGACCCAGCCAAUCAGCAGUAAGUGCGCAAUGCGAUGGCGUGCAGAGGGACAGUUUUAUGGAAGGGCGCUUCGUGAUAAAUGAGCGAGUGUGCUUGAACUUCGUUCACGCUCCGACUGGUGCAUAUGGAAACAACUUUAGUGGGAGAACUUCACUGUCGAAAACCAUCAAAUAUAACCAGUAACGUCAAAAGUCACGCAGUUGCUGCAUCUGGGUGUGUUUGCAUCACUUGGUUCAUCCUCAAAAGUGUGAUCGACACGAACUCCACUUACAGUCGGUUUGUAGGAGGGCCAACAACGGUCAAGGCAAUACGGUUCCAAGCCGCUAAGGACCAGCAGCCAACCCAAGGAAUCAAGUCCCCAUGGCGUAAAACCAAGAGGCUGGACUGGAGGGACGCGCGCGCCUUUGGAAUUCAUGAGGAGCCCUUGAUUGGGUGCUAUAGGUGCAGAAAGAUUAUAUUAGGUUAGAGUUACAUUUUUAAAGGAUAGGUUUAUAUUUAGAUCUAGUUUAAUAUCGAGCCGUGUUGGUGAAGUAUUUGGUCACAAAAUGAACUACGGUCGCAAAAAGUUAAGAGUUGGAGGGGGAUAAAUGGAAGGGCUAUUUCAGACCGAAGAUAGAUGAUAAAUAAAUAUUUGAUAGAUAGAUACAUUUCUUAUGAUGGAUGGAUGAAUAUUUUAUAGAUGAACAGAUGUAUGAUAGAGAGCUAUAGAUUGAUAGAUCUAUUAUAGAUGUUUCAUAGCUAGAAGAUAGAUAAAUGUGGAACUAAAAGAAAACAAACAGGACGCGGUUCGGAGGGGGAAUGCAAAAACAAAAGACGUUCUUAUUGAGAUGGGUGGAGAGAGGCUGUAACUGGACAGAGGUGCUUCCUAGGUAGAUGGCAACUAUCAAAGCAGCCAAGUACGCUUCCAACUUUACAGCCGGGUUCACCACAAUUUUUAGGAGCAUGAGUUCUUUUUGGAGCUUGGAAAACUACAACCAUGUGAGUGCCUAUAUGUUUUUCUUUCAUAUGGAGGAGUGGCUAUACAAAGUGGCUUUCCUUUCCGAAGACCAUACAUUGAUGUUGGGGUUAUACAUACAUACAUACAUACAUAUAUAUAUAUUUUUUUUUUUUUUUGAGGGGGGGUCAGAACAGGACUCCUGCUCUACUUCUUCAUAUACUGUCUGUGUGACGGUGUGUAUAUAAGGCAGAGCGAGUUAACCCGUGGCUUGCAAACAUUUCAUGACGUCGAAUCGGUUGUUUUGGUCGUCGUUGCCCAAUCGAAUCUGCUGUGGUCCCCGUUCUACAAAAGCCGACAUGGCUCUGUCCUGCUCCGGGUAGCACACCACUUUUGCUGGGUGCUCAGUGGAAGGCCGAUGCUGCUGCUGCUGCUGCUGCUUUAAAAAAAAAAAAAAAAAAAAAAAAAAAGCAGCCGUGACAUGGGAAGCCCGUUGCAGCUGCGGAACCAUUUCUACCAGGAGCAGCAGUUGGACCACCGGCACCCCAGCGGACAGCCGUCGCGCUCCACCAGCACCCGUACCCGCACCGACAGCUGCCCCUGCCAUGCCCCGGCAAGCUGCGUCCUCCGCGGGACGUCGCCGACAUGCACCGCGGUAACUUUGAGGACGCCUUCGGAGACAUCUUGCGGGCGAGGCGUCCGCGACCCGACUCCCUCCAGUCAUGCUACUUCCUCCAGGCAACCCCCUCCUCAGCAUCCGCAGCAUCCGCAGCAUCCCGGGGCCAGCCACGCGAACGCCUCCCACCAUGAGACGGCCAUGAGCAGCUGCAGAUACAACGGCGGCGUCAUGCGGCCGCUCAGCCACUUGAGCUCGUCCCGCAGGAACGUGCACGAGUUCGAUUCCGAGUCGCAGCCCCUCUCGACCGCGGACGCGUCGGACACCUUGGGAGCCGCCAAGCCGGACAACCACUCGGCCACGCACAUGCCGUACGCGCCCGGGGACGGAGGCGGGGGGAAAUCGGGCAAGAAGAAGAACCAGAACAUUGGGGAGAAGCUCGGUCACAGGAGGGCCUUGUUUGAGAAGAGAAAGCGCCUCAGCGACUAUGCUCUAAUCUUCGGGAUGUUUGGGAUCGUUGUCAUGGUUAUAGAGACUGAACUCUCCUGGGGAGCCUAUGGAAAGGAGUCCCUGUAUUCAUUAGCUCUAAAAUGCCUGAUAAGCCUUUCUACAAUCAUUCUCCUGGGACUGAUUAUCAUCUACCAUGCAAGAGAGAUCCAGUUAUUUAUGGUGGACAACGCAGCCGAUGACUGGAGGAUAGCCAUGACGUACGAGCGCAUCUUCUUCAUCUGCCUGGAAAUCCUUGUGUGCGCCAUCCACCCCAUCCCGGGAAACUACACCUUCAUUUGGAACGCCCGUCUGGCAUACUCCUACGUGCCAUCCCAGAGGGACGCCGACGUGGACAUCAUCCUGUCCAUCCCCAUGUUCCUGCGGCUGUACCUCAUCGCUCGCGUCAUGCUGCUGCACAGCAAACUCUUCACGGACGCCUCGUCUCGCAGCAUCGGGGCGCUCAAUAAGAUCAAUUUCAACACGCGCUUCGUCAUGAAGACCCUCAUGACCAUCUGUCCCGGGACGGUUCUGCUGGUCUUCACCAUCUCUCUGUGGAUCAUCGCGGCGUGGACCGUGAGAGCUUGCGAGAGAUACCAUGACGACCAGGACACCAACAGUAAUUUUCUAGGGGCCAUGUGGUUGAUCUCCAUCACCUUUCUUACAAUCGGAUAUGGAGACAUGGUCCCAAAUACGUACUGUGGAAAAGGAGUCUGCCUCCUGACUGGCAUUAUGGGUGCAGGCUGCACUGCCUUGGUGGUGGCUGUGGUGGCAAAGAAGCUGGAGUUAACCAAAGCUGAAAAGCACGUUCACAAUUUUAUGAUGGACACCCAGCUGACCAAACGAGUGAAAAAUACAGCUGCGAAUGUUCUCAGGGAGACGUGGCUCAUCUACAAGAACACCAAACUGGUGAGGAAGAUGGACCAUGCCAGAGUCAGGAAGCACCAGAGGAAAUUUCUCCAAGCCAUUCAUCAAGCUCGAAAAUUGAGAAGUGUUAAAAUGGAGCAACGCAAGCUGAAUGACCAAGCAAACUCUCUAGUGGACCUUGCCAAGACUCAGAACAUCAUGUAUGACAUGGUGUCGGACUUGAACGAGCGAGGAGAAGACAUGGAGAAGAGGAUCGCAAUGCUGGAAACAAAGCUGGAGACUCUGCUGAGCAACCUGCAGGCUCUGCCCACGCUCAUCAGUCAGGUGAUCAGCCAGCAGCACAGGGACUUCCUGGAGGUGCAGCUGCAGCCUUACGACAAACACAGCCCCGAACGCUUGCAGUCGGCGUCGCGGCAGCGGUCGUUGUCCAUGGCGCCCACCUCUUCCGAGAGCAGCUAGGGUCCGAAGGGAAAGCCUCCAUUGAAGACUUUUGCCAUCAUAUGGCUAAGUUGCAUUUAUCUUAAAGCCUUAUGGCUUCAAUAAGUAUUAUCCAAAUUCUGAUGACAGAAUCCAAGCUAGUGGGUAACUACAUGCAGUUUAUUUUUUAGUUUUUGCUUCCUAUUACCUCAGUGUUGGCAUCACUCUUCCCUCAGUAAAGGCCUGUCAGCGAGUGGGAAACUACUGCACUAAAAUAGUGCUUCUCACUGGAAACUGACAGUGAUAUUGGGGGAAAGGUUUGAGGUGGGUGGACUGGAGUGACACCUGAAGGCAAAUACGAAGAAAUAUCAUCUUUUAGGUUAGAAACAGCUUCAACAUCAGUGCCCUGUAGAACAGUACUGUGCAGAGGUCUCGUGAUUCCCGGGGACAACUUCUUGAUUGUAUGCUCCCCCAAAGUAUCAGGCCUAGUACAGUAAACCCCUGCAAAAAUUCACCUUGUUGCAGAUAUUUGGGGGAACCUACCCUUAGUUGUUCACAGAAAAAGUCCACUAUUUGCCAAAGCCAUGUCUAAGGAAGGCGGCACGGUGACCGACUGGUUAGCACAUCUGCCUCACAGUUCUGAGGACCAGGGUUCAAAUUCCGGCCCCCCCUGUGUGAAGUUUGCAUGUUCUCCCCGUACCUGCGUGGGUUUUCUCCGGGUACUCUGGUUUCCUCCCACAUCCCAACAACAUGCAUGGGAGGUUGACUGAAGACUCUAAAUUGCCCGUAGGUAUGAAUGUGAGUGCGAAUUGUUGUUUGCGAUUGGCUGGCGACCAGUUCAGGGUGUACCCCGCCUCUCACCCAAAGAUAGCUGGGAUAGGCUCCAGCACGCCCGCGACCUUUGUGAGGAUAAGCAGUACAAAAAUUGGAUGGAUGGGUGGAUGUCUAAAGAACAUUGCUUUUGUACCAUCUGGUGGGCUCCUGGUGCCAAGCAACCAUGUUGAACUGAGGGGAGGAGCUUCAUUUAUUUAGACCACAGUCUUGCCUAAUGGAAAAAAAGGGAAUGGCUGCUAUCUUGUGGCAUCUAUGGGCAAUUACACACCUUUUUCUGUGGGCAGCAAUUGCAGAUUUUUGCAGUUUGUCUAUCGUCCUCUAAGAAUGGUGGUUCACUGGACUUGGAAAAAAUUAUCAGAAUGGAAGACAUUCUGAAUAUUUAAACACAGAUAAAACAUGAAAGGAACACAUUAUUCGAUCUAAAUAUCAAUUAAACAAAUGUAUUGUUUUUUCCCCCCCAAGUGAUACCUCCUCCUGUCAGAAAACACUUCAACUAUUUUUACACACUUUACCUCAGCUGGAAGAAAUCAUUUUUCAACGCUCUUAAUGAUGAAAGCCAGACUGGUCAGGUGCUCAUGUGACAUUGAAAGACAUGAGAUAUGUUUUUAUUAUUUUCAGUUUUGAAAAUGACCUUUCAUAACGUAUGAAUGAAAAAAGAAUGAAAUAUGUUUUAUCCGUCGGCAGCAGGGCUUGCCGUCUAAUAAAUUGAUAGACUUGAUAGUUGAGGUUUAAAGUACGUCCGAUGCUGUAAUUUGGGUUGUGUGGCAUGUCCUUAAAAUACUCCCACGAUAUUCCAGAGUAUAACAAUAUGUAUUUAGUGCAUAGUGCCUAAGGUAAACAUAUUACAAAAAUAUUCAGUGUAUAUAAUGUAAUAAUGACAAUAUACACUAUACACUAUAUGCACUGAAAUAUUGCGAUAAUAUUUUAAAGACCAACCUUGCAGCCCAAAUUACAGCAGUCGCAUUAAUCUAGCUCUGUUAAACAACCAUACUAGGGCUUUUUUAAAUGUAUUAUUAUAUUUAUUAGUACUUAAAUUUGAUUGACCAGGUAACCACAAAUACAGAGUAAAGCCUGAAGGGGGCACGUCAAGAGUGGUUACCAGCAAAUAAGCAAAAGACUGCCAUGAUGGCUUACACGAUCACAACACGAUCCCGAGCCCUCUUGCAGAUGCAGAAACCAUAUUGUCUCUUUGCUUCCUUCGUAUUAUCAUUAUUUUGUGCAAUUGGCUUGCACAUUAGCGGUAUCUGUAUUUGAAUAUUAGCAUGUUAGCAUAACAUAAAUUUUUCAUUAAAUAUCACCAAAAGAC